UUUCACUCUCGCCAACAUCCCCUCUUCAACAGAACCCGCCUUCAGCGCUUACUUCACAGUAGUGCGGCUCGUCAUGCUGCGCUCUUCUGUUGCACCGGGUCGGCAGCUGCUGUUGUCUUCCGUUCGCCAACGGACGGCUUCGCAAUGGCUGUCUAGAGCUGGGGCUAGCAGCCGGCUCUCUGGUCAGAGAUUCUUUGCCGAUGCCAAACCUCCUACCAGUGCCCCUACCCCUGUCUCCCCGUCAUCCGAAACACCCAUUCCCCCGGAGACUGUUCCCAAGCCAUCGCCUAGUGAGCAAGAUUCUCAGACUCUUCCACCGCCCCCAACCGCCCCGGCUCGUAAAACGGGACGUUUCCGAAGAUUCCUUCUCUACCUGAUUCUCACAUCUGGUUUCGCCUACGGUGGAGGUGUCUUCCUUGCAUUGAAGUCCGACAACUUCCAUGACUUCUUUACGGAAUACAUUCCAUAUGGCGAAGAGGCUGUUCUCUACUUCGAGGAACGGGACUUCUAUCGUCGUUUCCCAAACACCCUGAAGGGUCAGGCCCGCAUCUCUGGACAUAAGGAUGAGAGCAGGAAGGUUACAAUCCCACGAGAGAGUGGUCUUACUUCGAAGGCUGCAGAGGACCAGGGUUCUGGAAGCGACCUUUCUCAAAAAGGCCCCCAUAUGAGUGCUGUCAAGGGUGACGAAGCCCAAAUCAAGACCGAGAGUGCUAAGCCUGAACAUAAGACCGCCGCCGUCGAGAAGGCUAAGAGUGACAAAGCCGCUAAGGAUCAGGCACCCAAGAGCAGUGAUAAGAACGCCGAGGAACCUAGACAACCAGCACUGCCUGCUGUGACAACCUUGGAGUUCGCUCAGGUCAAUGAGGGAGAUGAAGCCAUUGUGCAAGAGUUGGUGAAGACUUUCAACGACAUCAUCACUGUUAUUAGUGCCGAUGAGAACUCUGGCAAGUACUCUACGCCUGUCGCCAAAGCCAAGGAGGAGCUCCAGAAAAUUGGGGAGAAGAUCAUCGCGGUCAGAGAAGAAGCCCGUCGCGCAGCGCAGGAGGAGAUCACCAAAGCCCAUGCCACCUUCGACGAAUCUGCUCGCGAGCUUAUCCGCCGGUUUGAGGAGUCGCGCGCGGCUGAUGCUGCUCAGUUCCGGGAGGAAUUUGAGUCGGAGCGGGAGAAAUUGGCUUUUGCUUACCAAGAGAAGAUCCAGACAGAGCUUCAGAGAGCUCAAGAAGUUGCGGAACAGCGUCUUCAGAAUGAAUUAGUUGAACAAGCCAUUGAACUCAAUCGCAAGUACCUCCACGAGGUGAAGGAUCUUGUCGAGCGAGAGCGUGAGGGCCGUCUUAGCAAGCUCAACGAACUGACCGCCAACGUUAGCGAGCUGGAAAAGCUUACUAGCAGUUGGAAGGAUGUGAUCGAUACUAACCUGAAGACCCAACAACUUCAAGUCGCUGUGGAUGCAGUCCGCUCCGUCCUUGAGCGCUCCUCGGCCCCUCGUCCAUUUGUUCGAGAGCUUGUUGCUGUGAAGGAACUCGCUGCGGAUGACCCUGUGGUUGAGGCUGCGAUUGCAUCUAUCAAUCCUACCGCAUACCAGCGUGGCAUUCCCUCAAAGUCUCAGAUCAUUGAGCGUUUCCGCCGCGUCGCUGAUGAGGUUCGCAAGGCAAGCCUUCUGCCUGAGGAUGCGGGGAUUGCUAGCCACGCUGCCAGCCUCGUCUUGAGCAAGGUCAUGUUCAAGAAGGACCCUGUUGCCCACAGCGAUGACGUUGAGAGUGUCCUUGUUCGCACCGAAAGCCUCCUGGAAGAAGGUGACCUUGAUGCCGCUGCACGUGAGAUGAACAGCCUGAAGGGGUGGGCAAAGAUUUUGAGCAAGGAUUGGCUCGGAGACGUGCGCAGAGUCCUGGAAGUGAAGCAAGCUCUAGAGGUAUGGUUCCUAAACAUAAUGUCAUUCCUCCUUAACAAUUCCAAGCUAACUCAUUGAUUUGGCAGGUCAUUGAAACUGAGGCUCGUCUUCAGUGCCUGAGAGUUGAAUAGAUCAAUGAACAACGUCGAUUCCUUGUUUCCUGUAAUUUUCUUGUCUUCUAUUCACAGCACCUGUACCUCUAGUUGUUCUCUUGUGUCGUUAGACCUCAAUACUAGACCCUUCCCUUUGUCUCGUCACUGUGCUUUUCUACAGGCCCGCACGCAACGAUGUCUGUAAAGCUUAUGCUUGCAUGUUCGACAUGCCGAGACUACUCUAGAAUAAUGGUGACGAGUGAAGUGGACAUGCAUGCGUGGGUAGUAAGGGGUGCUACUCCACUCCAAAUCCAUGAUAUUUCAUCACCACACCAUCUUCUCCCAGUGUUAUAGUUCCACUGUGGGGGCAGUUUCGUCGUCUGGCACAGUAAGCUACUUCAAUCAUCAUGCCUUAGCCAAGUUGUCUAUACAGGCAUCGAUAGCGGUGUCAUUCAUUAUGAGUGAAAGAUAGAAUGGCAGCC